UGGGACCAUCAGAUUCCUUAAGCUGAGAAGGAAGACAGAAGCCAGCAUGCCCAGACUGCCUCUGCUGCUGCUGCUACUUCUCUGGGGCAUGGGGUCUCACAGCUUCCCAGCAGCGACUUCAGAAACGCAAGAGCAAGAUGUGGAGACAGUGCAGAAAUACCUGGAAAACUACUACAACCUGAAGAGUGAUGGGAAGCAAGUUGAAAGACAGAGAAACAGUGACCCAGUAGUUGAAAAACUAAAGCAAAUGCAAAAAUUCUUUGGGCUGAAGGUGACGGGGAAACCAGAUGCUGAAACCCUGAAUGUGAUGAAGCAGCCCAGAUGUGGGGUGCCUGACAUGGUUCAGUUUGUUCUCACUCAGGGGAACCCGCGGUGGGAGGACACACACCUGACCUACAGGAUUGAAAACUACACACCAGAUCUGUCAAGAGCAGAUGUGGACCAUGCCAUUGAGAAAGCCUUUCAACUCUGGAACAGUGUCUCACCCUUGACCUUCACCAAGGUCUCUGAGGGUCAAGCAGACAUAAUGAUAUCCUUUGUCAGGGGAGAUCAUCGUGACAAUUCUCCCUUUGAUGGACCGGGUGGAAACCUCGCUCAUGCUUUUCAACCAGGCCCACGUAUCGGAGGGGAUGUCCAUUUUGAUGAAGAUGAAAGGUGGACCAACAAUUUUAGAGAUUAUAACUUGUAUCGUGUGGCAGCUCAUGAAUUGGGCCAUUCCCUUGGACUUGCUCAUUCUACUGACAUUGGGGCUUUGAUGUACCCCAACUACAUCUUCAGUGGUGAUGUUCAGCUAUCUCAGGAUGACAUCAGUGGGAUCCAGGCCAUCUAUGGACCUUCCCAAAAUCCCACUCAGCCAAUUGGCCCGCAAACCCCACAAGUGUGUGAUAGUAAGCUAACAUUUGAUGCUGUAACUACAAUCCGGGGAGAAGCGAUGUUCUUUAAAGACAGGUUCUACAUGCGCACAAAUCCCUUCUACCCAGAAGCUGAGCUCAAUUUCAUUUCUGUUUUCUGGCCCCAUCUGCCAAAUGGACUUCAGGCUGCUUAUGAGGUUGCCAAUAGAGAUGAAGUUCGGUUUUUCAAAGGUAAUAAGUACUGGGCUGUUAAGGGGCAAGAUGUGUUAUACGGAUACCCCAAGUACAUCUACAGAUCCUUUGGUUUCCCUAGGACUGUGAAGAACAUCGAUGCUGCUGUUUCUGAGGAAGAUACUGGGAAAACGUACUUCUUUGUUGCUAACAAAUGCUGGAGGUAUGAUGAAUAUAAACAAUCCAUGGAUGCAGGUUAUCCCAAAAUGAUAGCAGAAGAUUUUCCUGGAAUUGGCAACAAAGUUGAUGCUGCUUUCCAGAAAGAUGGAUUUUUCUAUUUCUUCCAUGGAACAAGGCAAUACAAAUUUGAUACCAAAACUAAGAGAAUUUUGACUCUCCAAAAAGCUAAUAGCUGGUUCAACUGCAGAGAAAAUUGA